AUGAAGAGAAUUUUCGGAACUGGCAAGAAGGAACCACCUCCAGAUCUAAAUAAUGCCAUUGCUAAUAUUGAAUCUCGUGGUGAAAGUGUUGAGAAAAAGAUAGCAAAACUGGAUGCAGAACUAGUUAAACUUCGUGAUCAAAUGGCAAAAAUGCGAGAAGGACCCAGUAAGAAUAUGAUCAAGCAAAAAGCGUUGAGAAUUCUCAAACAGAAGCGGAUGUACGAGAACCAGAAGGGGCAACUGGAUCAGCAGGCUUUCAAUAUGGAUCAAAGUAACUUCGCUAUUCAAGGAAUGAAGGACAAUCAGGUCACCGUUGCUGCGAUGCAAGCUGGAUUAAAGACUAUGCAGAAGGAGUACAAGAAAUUGAAUAUCGAUAAGAUCGAAGACUUGCAAGAUCAGAUGGAGGAUAUGCUCGAUAUGAACAAUGAGAUCCAGGAAGCUAUGAGCCGACAGUACGACACUCCUGACAUCGAUGAAGCUGAUCUCGAAGCUGAGCUGGCAAUGCUUGGUGAUGAGCUCGACUUGGGUGAAACAGAUACCAAUUAUUUGGAUGAGGCACUGAGCGCACCUGGUGUACCGUCAACGAAGCCAACUAGUUCCAAGGUCGCAGAUGGUUUGGAAGUCGACGAGUUUGGACUUCCGAAGAUCCCAGCGUCAUAA